UUCUUCUCUCUCUCCGACUCUCUCUCUCUCUCUCUCUCUCAGAGACGCCGCGUCGAAGUAGUAGAAGAAGGAUGAUGAUGCAGUCCUCCGCCACCAAGCCGCGCCGCAAGGUGGCCCCCGCCGCGGCGGCCGCGGACGGCGGCGGCUUCGACUCAGCCGACAAGCAGGACCAGCUCCUCCUCUCCUCCGCCAUCUGCAACAACGAGGACCUCGGCCCCUUCAUCCGCCGCGCCUUCGCGUCCGGCAAGCCCGACGCCCUCCUCCACCUCCUCCGCCACUUCGCCCGCGCCAAGGAGUCCGAGAUCGAGGAGGUCUGCAAGGCCCACUACCAGGACUUCAUCCUCGCCGUCGACGACCUCCGAUCCCUCCUCUCCGACGUCGAUUCCCUCAAGUCCGCCCUCUCCCGCUCCAACUCCGCCCUCCAGUCCGUCGCCCUCCCGCUCCUCUCCUCCCUCGACGCCUACCUCGAGGCCCGCAACGUCUCCGCCAACAUCCACCUCGCCCUCGGCUCCGUCGCCUCCUGCAUCGGCCUCAUGGAUCUCUGCUCCCGGGCCAACCUCCACCUCUCCGGCGGCAACUUCUACAUGGCCCUGAAGUGCGUCGACGCCAUCGAGGCCCAGUUCCUCGACAGGACGCCCUCGUCCACCCUCAAGAACAUGCUCGAGAAGAAGAUUCCGGAGAUUCGAUCCUGCAUAGAGAGGAAGGUGAGCAAGGAGUUCGGCGAUUGGCUCGUCGAGAUCCGCGUGGUCAGCAGGAACCUAGGUCAAUUAGCGAUCGGGCAAGCCUCUGCUGCGCGACAGAGGGAGGAAGAUCUUAGGAUCAAGCAGAGGCAAGCCGAGGAACAGAGCAGGCUUAGCUUGAGAGACUGCGUUUAUGCUCUGCAGGAGGAGGACGACGACGACGUGCUCAGCGUGGGGAGUGAGAGCGAUGGCAAGUCCGAGAAUGGAUUCUCGGGUCUCGAUUUAACCCCGCUGUACAGAGCUUAUCACAUUCACCAGACUCUGGGGCUCGAGGACCGGUUCAAGCAGUAUUAUUUCGAGAACAGGAAGCUUCAAUUGACGUCGGAUUUCCAGGUAUCGUCCAUGACCCCGUUUCUCGAAUCGCACCAGACCUUUUUCGCGCAAAUCGCCGGCUUUUUCAUCGUCGAGGAUCGCAUUAUGAGGACCGGCGGCGGGUUGAUCUCGAAAAUGGAAGUCGAGAAUCUGUGGGAGACGGCGGUCAGUAAGAUGUGUUCGGUUUUGGAGGAUCAGUUUUCUAGGAUGCAGACGGCGAAUCAUCUUUUGUUGAUAAAGGACUAUGUGAGCUUGUUGGGUGUGACGCUGCGAAGAUACGGAUACCUGGUCGAUUCGUUGCUUGACGUGUUGAGUAAGCAUAGGGAUAAGUACCACGAGCUAUUGCUGUCCGAUUGCCGAAAGCAGAUCACUGAAGCGCUUGCUGCCGAUAAGUUUGAACAGCUGCUGAUGAAGAAAGAGUAUGAGUAUUCAAUGAAUGUGCUUUCUUUUCAGUUGCAAGCUUCCGAUAUCACACCGGCAUUUCCCUAUGUCGCGCCAUUUUCAUCGACUGUGCCGGAUUGUUGCCGUAUUGUGAGGUCUUUUAUUGAAGAUUCUGUGAGUUUCAUGUCUUACGGAGGGCAGUUGGAUUUUUACGAUGUGGUCAAGAAGUAUCUAGACAGGCUUUUGGGUGAGGUCCUGGAUGGAGCUCUGUUGAAAAUCAUAAAUACGUCCGUCCAUGGGGUUUCCCAGGCGAUGCAAAUUGCUGCUAAUAUGGCCGUAUUUGAGCGUGCUUGUGAUUUCUUCUCCCGUCAUGCGGGACAGCUUUCGGGCGUUGCUCUGAGAAUGGUUGAGAGGAGUCGGAGGCAGUUUCCUCUGACUAAGUCCCGUGCUGCAGCGGAGGAAAUGCUAUCCGGGUUGCUUAAGCAAAAGGUCGAUGGGUUCAUGUCAUUAAUUGAGAAUGUAAAUUGGAUGGCCGAUGACCCUCCACAAAGCGGGAACGAGUAUGUAAAUGAGGUGAUUAUUUAUUUGGAAACUCUGGUUUCUACCGCACAGCAGAUAUUGCCAGCUAAUGUUCUCAAGAGAGUAUUACAAGAUGUCCUAUCUCACAUUUCGGAGAUGAUAAUUGGUGCCUUAUACGGUGAUUCUGUGAAAAGGUUUAAUGUCAAUGCAAUCAUGGGGAUUGAUGUGGACGUACGAUUACUAGAAUCUUUUGCAGAUAAUCAAGCUCCACUUUUCUCGGAGGAGGAAGCAAACCAGCUGAAAACAGCACUUUCUGAGUCGAGGCAAAUGAUCAAUUUGCUUCUAAGCAAUCAUCCGGAGAAUUUCUUGAAUCCUGUCAUUCGGGUGAGGAGUUACAACACUUUGGACCACAAGAAAGUUGUGACGAUCUCGGAAAAGUUGAGGGAUCCUUCAGACAGGUAUUUCUCUUCCUUUACAACAAGAGGAGCCAAGCAAAAUCCGAAAAAGAAAUCUCUUGAUACAUUAAUAAGAAGACUCAAGGAUGUCAAUUGAUUCAGACAUGACUCUACUUGUGAUAUUUCCUUGUUCUAAAUUGUCUGUGUCGAUUGCAUUCUAUUUACUUUGUAGAAAAUCAUUUCUGUUAUUGUUAGUGGUAAAGGUCAUUCAGGUUUUUCUGUUUAUUGUAUCGAUAGUUUCAUAAGUUCUUUUUGGCUGUAUAAUUGUCACACUUGCAUGAGUUGUAUCAAUUCUUUUAAUUAUGAGAGCAUCUUUCAAUCGUGUGCUUCCAACA